UGUUGUUUCCGUUUUCUGUUUUGUCCAACGUUGGUUUUGUCAAAGAACAUUGAUGGUUUUGUCCAUUCGUAAACCCCGGUCCCCGGUUAUGCGUUUGUCUGGGAGCAAUACAUUGGGGUCCUUAAUGGAGCGCCUUUACAAAAGGACGAAAGGGCGCUGAAUCAGUAGGUGAUAGCAGCACCUUGUCUUAUUGCGCGUUUCGUGUUAGUUUUCCUCCUUCAGCGGCAGCAGUCAUGAACCCGAACGCAAAGAUGCGUGAUCUCCUGGCAGAUAUAUCGAAGUUCAACGCACAGACAGCCGGUAGGGACAAAUUGUUUCGGCUUCUGCAGUACAGUAGUCGGUUCUUAUGGUACUGGCUGCAGAAAACAUCAAAUCGUAGGGACACUGUGGCCCGCCUUCAGAACCUGGAGGUGACGUUCAGCUCGGGGCGAAGGCUGCUGCGGCUUGGACGCUUUGUGGAUGCACUUCAUGGUGCAACCCGCACAAUCAGCCUUCCAGAUGUGUCACUGCGCCUCAGCCUGACCAUGGCCCGUAUUGGCAAUGCUUUUUACAUUUUGACGGACAACCUAGUUUGGCUUCACCAAGUUGGCUUGCUGACAUUGCGCCGGGAUGCCUGGAGCCGCACAAGCAAUAAGUUUUGGCUGCUGGCCAUCGUGGCUGCGCUCAUACGCGAUCUGCUCGAGCUGUACCAGAUACUGCCAAUGCUCUUAACUGCACCAUCCAAAGGCAGCAGCCUGAGGAGCUCGCUUCGCAUUCUGUGGGCCUCGGCGAGCUUCCACAAGGCACUUCUGCUUGACCUGGUCAAGAACUUUGCAGACCUGUGGAUACCUUACACGGCACUGGGCCAUGCCAAACUUGAACCGGGGACAGUUGGGCUGCUGGGUGUUAUCUCCAGUGCAGCUGCUAUUUUGCCCAUGCUGGAUUCAACAUUUUCACUCAUCCCAGCGUGAAGUGUACGUGUGACAGGUAUUUGCUCCUACAGAUGAAAGCAAAUAGUGGCUGUGGUUUGCUGAGUGGAACAUCUUCUGAAAAUGCUGAACUUUGGGAGGUAACUUGCUGUUGCAAAUCGCAAUUUUGUGAAUGCGAAAUGACAGCUCCUCUUUUGUGGCAUUAUCUUCAGAAGUCAGAAACAUUGUAAAAAUAGUAGGUUCACCUGCUUUCCUUAAGGUACACAAUCAAUUAUGUUACGCUUUAGUUGUUGCUCGUUUGUUAGCGCUGUCAGAUGGAAUAAAACCGUUUAUGUUAAGCUACAGAAAUCGUAUGUUUGCUAGCAUUGUCAAUAUGAAUUCCUUCUCUUGCUUGUGUUGCUAGCCACAAGGACACCGUCUUGUUUGAGUUUUUAUCCAGACCACAGUGUGAUUGAAAAAUUGAUUCUGAAGAUUUGAAAUCUCUACAUGGGCACAAGUAUGUGCUUUUCACAAGCAUAUUAAAAGACGUGCAAACGUACCAUUACUGCCGAUUUUGCUAGGUUCUAGAAACAUAUAUUUUUUUGUUUUUGAAGUUACAACAUAUUUGUAGUGUCAUCUUUGUGUGAUAAUUUGUCCCUAUGCCUUACCAUCCAAAAGUAGAUCUCACGCAUAAAAUACUUUCGCGCCAUAGUAGGUGGGACGUGAAAUAUACCUAGUACUACGCAGAAGAGAGACAGCAACAAGAACAACAGCCCAUUUUGUGUUUGCAUUGCAUGCUCGAUCUUCUAUUGAAUCAAAGCACCAACUUUGUCAGGAUGUUUGUUACGAAAUACUUAUUUUUUUAUGUGUAAUUUAACCCUUUGAGUUCCAUGUCUCAGCGACCGCCCUGAAUGAUUGCCUAAACACACACCCCAAGCAAUGCCUGUGCAUGUCAAGCAUUUGUAGUAUACCAUUCCAUUUUGUACUCCUUCCUCAUAGUAUUCUGGCAUACAGCCAGUGUUUGCUAAGAAAGCAUAAUAAACAAAAACACAGCACAUAAAGAAACUGCAUACAUGCAAUUAUCUGUACGGCAGCUUGCUACCCAUUGAGCAAAUAAGUGUAAUCAUGUCCUGAGCAUGAGAACAAUUUCCAUGCAUUGGUUGCGGAAAUGUAAAUAAGUUCUCUGUGCCACUUCCAUCAUCCAUAGGUUCAAAGAAAAUCUCGGACUUUGUAGAUUUUCCAUCCACACUUUAAUUAAUUUAGCUCAGAUUAAUUAUCUCUUCAAUUAAUUCGAUCACAUUCUAGAGUAUUUGUAUAGAGUACAAGGCUAAAAUGUGCCAAACAUUGGAUAAUUGGACCAGAGAGUCAGUAGGAUAAUUUGAACUGAUCAGCAGUUAGAUUAUGGAUGCUAACGGUCAUGCUAAAAACUAACAGCAUUGUUCUCUCUUUAACUGUUGGGCCUGUGUGCUGCCUUUGCUUCAAGGCCUGCCAUCUGCUGUAUGCAUGGAGAAGUAAGAAGAAAAUGGUGACAGCAAUGUAAAUAAACUUGGAAAUACAAGACAGAGGCAGUGGAGGGGACACUUUAUAGGUUUAGAUAGACACAUAAACAUCGCUGAAACUCUGCUGUGCACCGACAGACAUAUGGGUUUGUGAUUAGGAUUCCUUUGCAGGUAAUAGCCUGGAUAGAGAAGAAGCAGUAGCAGGACUUUGAAUGGCAGAACAGUUAUCCAAGUACAGUAUAGACCACUUAUAACAUAACCGUUUAUAGUGGAGAACUGGUUACAACACGACCUUUUCCGACUCCCGUUUACCCUCCCAUAGAACUCCAUGUGUACGCAUACCGCUUACAGUGCAGCCGCGUGAGACGAAAUACCUGUUAUAAUGCGGCUUCCGCGGGAAAAUCUCGCCGACAAGGGCGGCAGUGAGCAUGCUUCUCAACAAGGUGUGUGCUCCCGGCCGGUGUAU